AUGACUGGCAGCAUCCAAGGUUCUGCAAUCGACGACAGUUUCGAGACCCUUACCAAUGCACCGGACGCAUGGGUGUCUGGUCGCUAUGCGGCAGCGCCUCCAGUCGACUAUCAACAUUACGUCGAACCAGGAGACACACGCAGCGCUGUUGACGACAGGUGCUUCACAGAGCAUGGAGCGGUCGAGCAUACGCGUUACGUCAAAACAACCAAGCCAGCAAAGGCUGAUUCAAAGCACCGUCAAUCGCGCCAGACAUCAAGCAAGCCGCCAUCUCAUGGAAAGCGACGCCCUUCGCCCAGCUUCCGCAUCCGCAGCAAGGACGGCGACAGUGUUGUUGUAAGCAAUCCAUUUGUGCUGCGCAAGCCUUCUCGCCCUCAACCUCGCCGAGAAGCAGGAUCCUCCUCCCAAACGGAUGAUCAAAGUCAAUCCUCUGCGACGACAACUGCUCGCUCUCGUACCUUCCAGAUCCGCAUCAGAGGCAAGAAUGGCAAGGAAGCUAUACACGAGAUCAAGAGACCACUGUACUUCGCCUCCCAGUCUGGCAACGUUCGCGAGUCGCAAGCAACUACGCUUGUUGGAGACGAUUCAGGCCGCGAAAAUGUAGAGUACUGGGCUGCCAACCAGUCAGAAUCCAGCCAGAAACGAGAACAGAGGCACAAGAGCAAAUCAGGACAACCAAUUUUCACCGACUUUGUUGUCGACUCGUCCACAGUGGCCUCCUCAACCCCUGGUAGCUCUGUCAGAAUGUCCGGAGCCCUCCCACGCUCUUCUCCUGCUCCAACUACAAACUCGUCCAGAUCACGUCUACUGCCGCCAGAGAAACCUGAUAGCUCUAUGCACGAUUCUGUCAUGUCUGUCAGCAAACAUCCUAGUAAGAGCCCGUCUCACGCCGUCUCUCACCAAUUCGAGUCGUCACCAAAGAGCUCAUCUCGUAUUCUUUCGCAGAAUGAGGUUAUCAUAGUUCCGGAUGAGUCCUUAGACGGUUCAGCAGUGACUCCGUUCUCGUCUCUCUCAACGCACUGCAUCGUAUCACCUCGGGCGGUCUCUUCAAACACUCCAAUCGAACAACCGGAGGCAAAUGAUGCGUCUAGUACCUCCGACCUUGCCCCGUCAUCCAUCUCCUCCAACGCAACAGUCGACAAAUCAUCAUCCAGCGCGUCUUCCGUCCCUCCUUCGACAACCUCUCGCAUGUCAUCAAGCCGUAUCGUCACAUUAACUCAAUCCUCGAAGCAAGAACAGGAGUAUCAGGAUGACUCUCGACCUGUUACUGUGUCGUUGAGCAAGCAGAAAGAAUUAAAGCAAGAGGCUUAUUACAAUUGGAAGGCUCCAAAGGACUCCUUGUACUCUAUCUCGACGAAAAGCUCAAAGCCCGUGUCCUCACGCCCUGAUCUGGUCGCUCCAGAAAAAAUCACUUCUGCAACAUCUAAGGCUUCCAGCCAUCAUGGCGGUUUAACAUCGCGCCAUGCAGAUGCAGACAGCGAUGCUUCACUGUCCGAGCGCUCCAGGGUUUCACAAACAUUACCUAAAGGAUACAAACCACCUCCACGCUCUUCAUCAGCACGAUCAGCUAGUGCUAUAGAAACCAUCGAUGGCCGCGUUCAAGGAACCAUCUCGGAGAAGACACAAACUUCUGGCCAGAGUCGAUCAGCUCGAUGCAUCCCACUGCCUGAGUCGCGCUCAUCUUCAUCCAGAUCAAAGGCAAGUCGAUCGUCAAAAAUGACCACCCGACAAUCUACCCACUUGGCUUCGCAAAAGCCAGUACAUGGAGACCAAGAAUGGAACAAACCCCUCUCAGAAGCCGCAGCCACCGAAUGGACGGUUGACGAGCAUUCUGAGCUGCCUGCGUCCCACCAUACAGACCCUGACGAGUGGGGACAAGCCGCUGAAUGGGAAGAACCGUCAACGUCGUCACAUCGUUCGAAGAUGACACGAACCUCGAGAUCGCAUCGAAAUUCGUCACGCCAAUAUGAAUUUUCCGGUCGACAUGCAAACGAAAGCCUCCAACAAGAACACAAUGGGCAUGAACUGUGGGCCAACGAGGAGGAGGGUUCUCAGAGAUCGACCAGGUCAACAUCACCAGUCAACAUCGAGGAAGACUUACUCCAUUACCUCCCAGCGCCUUCUGACGAUGACCGACUACCACCACCGAUGCCAAUGCUUACUACUAUCUAUGAGGAAUCAGAACCUACGCCAUCGAGCCAUGUGCCAAGCAUGCUAACACAAGAGACUACACGUUUCGCAAGACCAGGCGCAAUAUCGCCUCAUCCCUUAAGCUCUGUUUCUUCGGCAGCAACAGCACGGAAGCCCCCAACCAAUGAACCUUACAGAUUGGAGUACCAGAAGCCAUACGUGGAAAGCAAGUCGAGCUCAAGUGCUUCCUCGGGGGCUCACGAUAGCGACUUUAGUCGUCGAAGCUCGAGACCGAGAAUGUUGGAAGAACAAGCUUACCACUCGGCAAAGGAAGCUAGUCGCAGCCGUAGCCAAGUGCUCGCCCUUUGCUACAGCGCCGGAACAGGCCAAUACCUCUUGACCGGCAGCACCGACCGACAGAUCCGCCUUUUCAACCCUGCCACCGGCCUUGAAGUCCAGAAAUACAGCGCCCAUGGUUACGAAGUGCACGAUUUGAGGGUCGCCCAAGACAAUGAUCGCUUCAUCAGUGUAGGCGGUGACAAGACUGUUUUCCUUUGGGACGUUGCUACGCACCAGACAUUGCGCCGAUGGAGUGGUCACGCUGGCCGUAUAAACGCUUGCGCCUUUGCUGGCGAGGGAGAUUCACUCGUUGUGACUGGGAGCUUUGAUUCGACCAUCAAGAUCUGGGAUUGCAAACAACGGAACGAGAAACCCAUCAUGACCUUGUCAGAGGCCAAGGAUGCCGUGUCUUCUGUCUCUGUGUCUGGAGCCGAGAUCUUGGCCGGCAGUGUGGAUAGCAGGGUUAGAUGUUAUGAUGUGAGGAUGGGUGUUAUCGACCAGGAUGUGCUUGGUCAUCCCAUCACUUCCGUCACGCCGACCGUCAACAACGAUUCCUAUCUCGCCAGCACCCUGGACUCUACAUUGCGGCUCAUGGACAAAAGGGACGGCAAAUUGCUCCAAGCGUUCCGACAUCCAGACUUCAAGAACGAGAACUACAGACUACGAUCUACCCUGGCUGCGGGAGACAGUCUGGCCAUCUCUGGCUCAGAAGAUGGACAUAUCUACAUCUGGGACUUGUUGACUGGCAACUUGAGUCACAAGCUCAAGCAUUCUGCUCCUGUUCUGACGGAUGGCACCAAAGCUUUUGUGUCCAUGUCCUCGAAGAGAGACGUGGUGAACUCGGUAGUAUGGAACCAGCUGAGGAAGGAGUGGGCUAGUGCUGGAGGAGAUGGCAGUGUCGUCGUCUGGGGGACUUGA